AAUUUUUUUAAAUUUAAUAUUCCUUUCUCUUGGGUGCUUAAUUUUUUAUUCACUUGGUAAAUCUGUUAAAUGUGUAUUGUAGCACUAGCAUUUAGUGGUAAUUUUUUAAAUUGAAUAUUGCUUGCUCCCUUGCUUUGCACACACAAUUUUACCAUUUGCUAAUUGAAAUUUCUAGAUCUGUAAUAAAUUGCGAUAUGCAAAAGAAGGUGCAAGGGAUAUAAUGGACAAAACUUGUGCUGACUUACCAUGGCAAGUUUGGCUUGAAGUUGAUGGGAAAGACAUCCCAAUCCCAAAGGAUGCUGAGGGUUUAAUUGUGCUCAACAUAGGCAGCUAUAUGGGUGGAGUUGAUCUUUGGCAAAAUGAUUAUGAGCCUGAUGAUGAUUUCAGUCUUCAGUCCAUCCAUGACAAAACGCUUGAGGCUUUUCUUUGGAUUCUUAUUUCUCUUCUUUUUUCUUUUUUUCCUUUGAUCUGACUUGGGGGUUGGGUGUUUUGGUUCCCUUUCUUCUUAUCUUUUGGCUUUGUAUACAAAGUAGUAAUUUUUUUGUUGAGAAUUGUGAAUUGAAUUUUUGGAUAUG